CCUCAAGGGGGCACAGUCUACUGUGACCAGCACGGCAACUUCCACACUGGAAGACGAUGACGUUCCGCGAGAAGAUAGACAAGGUCUUUUCGGAUACAUCAAAGAAGAUGGAAGAAGGGUCAACGGGUAGGAAGGCGCUGACAUUCUUGACUUCGGCGUUGGGGAGGGUAGUGAGUUCAUCCUCGCCCGAGAAAUUGGUGUACGACUUACAGACCUUUGCGGUACCGACUGGAACGCCGUGAAGCGGCGAACUACCUGUCACCAUUUACUCCGUCGGUCGGUGGGGAUUUGACGAUGGACCGACAUCGGCAUACGACUCAAGCGCAAGUGUUCGCGGGGUCAAGGGCGACCAAGAUGAUGUCGUGGGAGGCUCUGUUGGAUACGGGAAGUCUGGCAUCGUUUGUACAAGAAAGGUGGCGUUCAGGCGGUUGUGGCAGAGGGUGCCUCCGCACAUUCGAGACGUCCAUUUCGACUUCAAUGCGAAACUGUGGGAGCCGGAGGACAUUGACAAACUAGGGACGGGGCAGAACACGUGCGCGACCUGGAAAGGUUUUUCGAGCGCAUGGUCAAGUUCAACCUGAAACUGGCACCCAAGAAGACGAACCUGGGGGUGAAGGUGGUGACGUUCUUGGGACAUAAGUCACGG